AUGAAGGCACGACAUCGUGAUGGAAGUGAAGGUAAACCCAACUCGAGCAAAUUUUUUAAAUGGGUAGAUAAUGUAGACGAGGACGUAGACGAGGAAAGUGGGGAUGAGUCAAAGCAACAACUAGAAGUGACAAGAAACGAAGUUCUCAACGUGCAGCAGAAAAAGCUUGUUUCUGAGAGAAGCAAGGGUUGGAUUUUCCUUUGUGUUGUAGGACUGUGUUGGGCAAUAGCAAUAUUUGUGUGUAUUAUGUUUAUGUUGAACAACGUAGGGAAUCCAUAA